AUGGUAAACUUGAGUCUUCAAGGAAGAAACCAGACGGUUUCAGAUUUGAUCGGAAUGAUAAACGGAUUCCGGAAUAAGCUGAACGUGUUUAAACGUGCUUUGGAAAAGAGCAACCUGACACACUUCCCUAGCUGUCUGCAAAUAGCAGAAGAAUUCAACGGUGAGGAAAAUAUUGAGUUUUCAUCCUGCAUCUCACAAAUUGAACAAGUUAUUGAUGAAUUCAAUACAAGAUUUGAAGAAAUUGAAAGUCUCAAAAGCAGUGUACUACUUUAUAAUAACCCUCUUGGAGCAACCAUUGAUGAUCAACCACCCAACUUACAGCUUGAGUUAUGUGAUCUUCAAGCAGACAUGUUCCUAAUCACCAGACAAGAAAAGGGACCUGAAUUUUUCAAAUUACUGUCAAAGGAGAAAUUCCCAAACCUGCGAGAUUUUGGACUGAAAAUGACGUCAAUGUUCGGAAGCACAUAUACAUGUGAAAGUGCCUUUUCUUCCAUGAAAUACAUAAACAACAAAAACAGAAGCAACCUUACCGAUUCUUCCUUACGUCAUCUUAUGAGACUGUCUACAACUGAACUGGAGGUGGACAUUUCUUCAUAG